UUUGUAUUUGGGAUAGGAAUAGGAAGGGUUUUCACAAUAUGCAUAUGUCAGACAACUACGAAUUCACAGAGCAUUCUACACAUAAUCUCUCUGUUUUCUCUUCGAGCAAGCCACUUUCUCUUUAGGGUUUUCAAUUUCAGCGUUCGAUUCGUCUCUCUCUCUCUCUCUCGCAGAUUGCUCUGAAAACCAAGAAUGAUGGAGGGAGUCCUCUCUCCUUCCGACAAGGAAUCCAUGGUUUCUUCCUUCCUCGAAAUCGCCGUCGGUCAGACCGUCGAUACUGCCACUCAGUUCUUACAGGCCACCAGUUGGAAGCUUGAGGAAGCUAUUCAGCUGUUUUAUAUUGGAAAUGAGGGUGGCACAGCGGCAUCAUCUAUAUACUCUCCACCAUUAGAAAAUGAUAGACCUCUAGCUGAUCAAAGUUCAAGUCAAUUAAAAGAGGACAUUGGUGAUGAAAAUGGGAGACAAGCUGACGGAAAUGAAGUCCGUGCACCUAUACCUGUGAGAAGGGAGGUUCUUUACGAUAAUGCAAUCCCUUAUGGAUCUAGGGUGGGAUAUUCUUCACAUGAAGCUCAUUCAGUAGUUCCCUUUCGCAAUUUUACCGAGGAAAUGAAACGUCCUGGGAUUUGGGAAUCAGAACAAGGUGCCACAUCUACUGCUGAUAAUGCUCCAGAUAAUCUUGCUACCUUGUAUCGUCCUCCUUUCGCUCUAAUGCACAAUGGGACCUUCGAAGCGGCAAAAGAUGCUGCUAAAAUCCAGGACAAAUGGUUCCUUGUAAACGUGCAAUCCAACAAGGAAUUCAGCUCGCAUAUGCUUAACCGUGACACCUGGGCAAAUGAAGCUGUUUCUCAAACUAUCAGUAAUAAUUUCAUCUUCUGGCAGGUAUAUGAUGACACAGAAGAGGGCAGGAAGGUCUGUACAUAUUACAAAUUGGAUUCUAUUCCUGUAAUUCUUGUCAUUGACCCCAUCACUGGGCAGAAAAUGCGCUCAUGGCGUGGAAUGGUUCAACCAGAAAGUUUGCUGGAGGAUUUAUUACCAUUCAUGGAUGGAAGCCCUAAAGAUCAUCAUGUCAGUCUAUCUCAUAAACGUCCAAGGGAGAGUUCUCAGACUUCACCCCACAAAAUACAAGAGGCUCCAGUGGUUGCAGACGCAACUAAAGAAGAAGGUGAGGAACAGUUACAAGCAUUGGCGGCUUCAACGGAAGGCAUGAAAGAUACUAGUGGAGUCGCCUCAAAAGACCAAGAUAUAACGAAUACUGACAAGGAAGAACGGCCGUGCUCACCAAAGAAACCUACAUAUCCACCUCUUCCUGAAGAAGCCAAGGGUGAUAGAAAUCUACUUUGCAGGGUUGGUGUUCGUCUUCCUGAUGGUCGCAGGCUUCAGAGGAACUUCUUCCGUACUGAUCCUAUUCAGUUGCUAUGGUCAUUCUGCUACGCUCAACUUCCAGAAGCCCAGACACGGCCAUUUCGCUUGACACAGGCAAUCCCGGGGGCUUCGAAGUUUCUGGACUAUGAUAGCAAAUUAACAUUUGCUGAGUCGGGACUUGCGAACUCAAUGAUUUCUGUUACAUGGGAGUGAAGGUAAUAAUCACGAAGGAUGGUGUUUCAAGAAUGUCUUCCAGCUGUUAGAAUCUUCGGUUGAAGAAUUUUGGUUUCAAAUGCUAGAGUCAUAUUUCCUUUAUUUUGGUGGUUUUGAAAAAUGGAAUUUCUUGUUGCAGAAGGGUGUGGAGCGGACCGUAUUUAAUAUUAUGUAUAUAUUGGAAUCUUUAACUUAAAUUUGUUGUGUUUUUAUUUUGACAACAAAAAACAUCUAUAUACCAAUCUUUUGUUUUUUUAACUCUCA